AUGAAGUUGAAUAUCGCUUACCCGGAAACGGGUUGUCAAAAAGUUUUCGAAAUUGAUGACGAGAAAAAGUUGCGCAUAUUCUAUGAGAAACGAAUGGCACAAGAAGUGGAAGCCGAUGCACUUGGCGAGGAAUGGAAGGGCUAUGUACUUCGUGUAACGGGUGGUAACGAUAAGCAAGGAUUCCCAAUGAAACAAGGUGUGUUGACGAACGGGCGUGUGCGUUUAUUGCUGUCGAAGGGUCAUUCGUGCUAUCGCUCGAGACGUGCUGGUGAGCGUAAACGUAAAUCCGUUCGUGGAUGUAUCGUUGACGCCAAUCUUUCAGCACUUGCACUCGUCAUCGUCAAAAAAGGUGAUCAAGAAAUUCCCGGUUUGACCGACACGACAGUACCACGACGAUUGGGACCAAAGCGUGCGUCGAAAAUCAGAAAACUUUUCAACUUGGCGAAGAAUGAUGAUGUCCGAUCGUACGUUAUCAGACGUAAACUUCCCGAAAGAGAAGGAAAGAAACCAAAAACGAAGGCACCCAAGAUACAGCGCCUCAUCACACCCGUCGUCCUUCAACGCAAAAGACAUCGUCUUGCACUGAAGAAGAAGCGAACAACCAAGAGACAAGAAGAGGAAGCGGUGUACCAUAAACUUAUGACUCUGUACGCUAAGGAGAAACAAGCUGCGAAGAUUGCUCGUCGACGUUCGUCAGCUUCUCGUCGUGAAUCAGAAACAGGACGUCUUAGUAAAAGCAGUAAAUAA